GGAAGAUCAUGACCUGAGCUGAAGUCUGACGCUUAACCCAGUGAGCCACCCAGGCGCCCCCAUCUUCCAUUAUUAAGUAAAAGAAACAGUCUUAGGAGUAUUUGAUAUUCACUGAAAAAAGAAAUAAUGGACUGCAAUCUAUAAGAUUUUUUAAAUGUGGAUAAAAUUUGUUAAUUUAAAAUUACAUUCUUUUCCCAUAGCAAAAUAUAAUAACAUAUCCUGUAACAGAAGAAUAUGCACAAGUUUCUUCUCUACAUAAAGAGAUUAGGAUAUUUUGCACUUCUAAUUCCCAGGCUUACUUCAGAUCACAAAUUUUCUAACCUGGUUGAUAACAGUAAUUAAAUUAUUGGGAGAAAGUUGUUUCUCUAUGAAUUAUCUGAUCCCUUACCCUAGUCUAAAUUCAUAAAAGAAGUCAGACGAGAUGAAAAUGGCUCUGAAAAUUACAAACAUAAGGAGAUUUACUAUUAAAUUAAGGCAAAAUAAGAUUUUUUUUUAAUUUAAAGGACUAUAGCGUAGCUAAGUUAUGUGAAUUCAUUUCUUACCCUUUGUAGUCGCAUGAUGUCGCUGUCUACCAUGAAGUUAAUCUAGUUGUUACAGUAUUCAAAAUUCAUUCCUUCUGUUACUGCUUGGUUCCAUAAGCGCUGAGUGAUGGCAGGCGCAGAAUUGGAUUAACAGAGUCGGAUCAUACAAUAUUUCAUCUUAAUGACGAGGCAAGAUCUUCUGAUGGAAAUAAAACAAGUAUUUGACAUGGUUAUUACCCUGGAAGGCCCACUGGGAUCUCGGUGUCUGCUGCUCUCGCUUCUGCUGCUCGUAGCCUGGGAGGAGGGCAGCUGCCAGGUUCAGUACUCGGUCCCGGAGGAGGCUAAACAUGGCACCUUCGUGGGCCGCAUCGCCCAGGACCUGGGGCUGGAGCUGGCGGAGCUGGUGCCGCGCCUUUUCCGAGUGGAGUCCAAAGGCCGCGGGGAUCUUCUCGAGGUAAAUCUGCAGAAUGGCAUUUUGUUUGUGAAUUCUCGGAUCGACCGGGAGGAGCUGUGUGGGCGAAACGCGGAGUGCAGCAUCCACCUGGAGGUGAUCGUGGACAGGCCGCUGCAGGUUUUCCAUGUGGAAGUGGUGGUGAAGGACAUUAAUGACAACCCGCCUGUGUUUCGUUUAAAGGAACAAAGAGUGCUGAUUUACGAAUCAAGGCUGCCAGAUUCUCUGUUUCCACUAGAGGGCGCGUCAGAUGCGGAUGUUGGCUCAAAUUCUCUUUUAACCUAUAGACUCAGUUCCAGCGAAUACUUCUCCCUAGAUGUGAAAACCAACAGUGAUGACAAUACACAAAUUGGGCUCGUAUUAAAGAAAUCCUUGGACAGAGAGGAAGCUCCCGAACAUAACUUAUUUCUGACAGCCACUGACGGAGGCAAACCUGAACUCACAGGCACUGUUCAGCUGCUGGUCACUGUGCUGGACGUGAAUGACAAUGCUCCCGAUUUCGAACAGACUGAAUAUGAAGUAAGAAUAUUCGAAAACUCGGGUAAUGGAACAAUAGUAAUCAGACUUAAUGCUUCUGAUCGGGAUGAAGGAGUGAAUGGGGAGAUUUCAUACUCUUUUAAUAGUCUCGUUCCAACCAUGGUUAGCGACCAGUUUAAAAUAGAUCCAAAUACUGGAGAAAUAGUACUUAGAGGGAAUUUAGAUUUUGAAAAAGUGAAUUUAUACAAAAUUCGUAUUGACGCGACGGACAAAGGCCACCCACCCAUGGCUGGCCAUUGCACCGUUUUAUUGAAGGUUUUGGAUGAAAAUGAUAAUGUCCCUCAGAUUGCAUUGACUUCUUUAUCCUUACCUGUCCGAGAGGACGCUCAGUUAGGUACUGUGAUUGCCCUCAUUAGCGUGUCAGAUCUCGACUCCGGUGCCAACGGCCAGGUGACCUGCUUUCUGACGCCCCAUGUCCCCUUCAAGCUGGUGUCCACCUUCAAGAAUUACUAUUCGCUGGUGCUGGACAGCGCCCUGGACCGCGAGAGCGUGGCGAACUAUGAGCUGCUGGUGACCGCACGGGACGGGGGCUCGCCUUCGCUGUCGGCCACGGCCAGCGUGUCCGUGGAAGUGGCCGACGUGAACGACAACGCGCCGACAUUCGCGCAGGCCGAGUACACGGUGUUCGUGAAGGAGAACAACCCUCCCGGCUGCCACAUCUUCACGGUGUCCGCGCGGGACGCGGACGCGCAGGAGAACGCGCUGGUGUCCUACUCGCUGGUGGAGCGGCGGGUGGGCGAGCGUGCGCUGUCGAGCUACGUGUCGGUGCACGCGGAGAGCGGCAAGGUGUACGCGCUGCAGCCGCUGGACCACGAGGAGCUGGAGCUGCUGCAGUUCCAAGUGAGCGCGCGCGACGCGGGCGUGCCCCCGCUGGGCAGCAACGUGACGCUGCAGGUGUUCGUGCUGGACGAGAACGACAACGCGCCCGCGCUGCUGCCGCUGCCUGGGGCGGGCGGCGCGGGCGGCGCCGUGAGCGAGCUGGUGUGGCGGUCGGUGGGCGCGGGCCACGUGGUGGCGAAGGUGCGCGCGGUGGACGCGGACUCGGGCUACAACGCGUGGCUGUCGUACGAGCUGCAGCCGGCGGCGGGUGGCGCGCGCAGCCUGUUCCGCGUGGCGCUGUACACGGGCGAGAUCAGCACGACGCGCAGCCUGGACGAGGCGGACUCGCCGCGCCAGCGCCUGCUGGUGCUGGUGAGGGACCACGGCGAGCCGGCGCUGACGGCCACGGCCACCGUGCUGCUGUCGCUGGUGGAGAGCGGCCAGGCGCCCAAGGCCUCGUCGCGGGUGUUGGCGGGCGCCGCUGGCGCGGAGACGGCGCUGGUGGAUGUCAACGUGUACCUGAUCAUCGCCAUCUGCGCGGUGUCCAGCCUGCUGGUGCUCACGCUGCUGCUGUACGUGGCGCUGCGGUGCUCGGCGCCGCCCAGCGAGGGCGCGUGCGGGCCGGGGAAGCCCACGCUGGUGUGUUCCAGCGCGGUGGGGAGCUGGUCGUACUCGCAGCAGAGGCGGCAGAGGGUGUGCUCUGGGGAGGGUCCGCCCAAGACCGACCUCAUGGCUUUUAGCCCUGGCCAUCCACCCUGUCCAUUAGUGGGUGAUACGAGCCAACAUCAGGAUUUAAAUGAUGAUCAUGGUGCCAAGGUAAGUCUGAAUUUUCAUAAUUAACAUUUAAUAUAUACUUGAAAUGUUAAAUUGUUUCCCAAGAAUUUUUUAUGUUUUCCUAUUUGUAAAAAUUGGAAUACAUUUACUUAAAAUACAUCUGUUCAUUAUUUGGUUAACUAUCAUAAUCUAUGUGGUUUGUUACUGGUCUUAAUUUAAACUGGAACGAGACUUUCUGUUUGUGGUGUUUCCUUUAAUUGUGAUAAACAUUUUUUUCUAAUUAAUUCUGUAGAAUUUUUCAUUUCUUUGUGUUUGAUCCAAAUAGUGUAGAAAGAGAAAUUCAAGGGAAUUUGCACUUUGAGCAAGUAAAUUCAUAUAAAAUAUGCAUUCCUCAGGCACUGCAAAUCUCUUGAAAAAGUAAAUUUUGAAAAAUCUCUUAUUUUGAAUUUUAUUUGGUGAGUUGCUUUUCAAGGAGAGCUAUUUCUUUAAAAAUUUUUUAAAUUUAAAUUCCAGUUAGUUAACAUACAGAGUUACAUUAGUUUCAGGUGUACAACUUAGUGAUUCAAUAUUUUCAUACAAUACC